AUGACAAAACAGAGAACCAAGCCAAACAAAAAAGUUCCAAAGGUCAUUGAUCUUUCUCAAAACGACGAAGGGAAGAAGAGCCUUGAUGAAUUUGAAGUGAAGGACUACGACUAUAAAGAGUUACAGGGAACAGAUGACCCGUUCGAAAGGGAUUUAGAUUUUUUACUUCAAAAGAAAAAAAGUGGAUCUGAUUUAAGAGAGGAAACUUUGGUAGAUAUAGUAGAUAUUGUAGUAAAUGAGUCCCCACAAAUUAAAAGAAAUGGUGGUGGAAGAAAACCCAAAAAAAUGAAGGUGAAAGUCGACGAUAUAACGAAAGAUAUUGAAGAUAUAACGUUUUCAAGUAGCGAGGAAGAAGUAGAAAACAUGUCACCAACUAAGAUCGGUAAGGGCAAGAAAAAAAAGAAUAGUGCAACUGCGAAGAAAAAGGCUGCCCAGGUACUGAAAGAGGAGGAUUCAGUUGAAGACUUAGAUAUUUCGAUUGCAUCAAAGUUUGCCGAAGGAAAUCUUGAAUCUAAUGAAGAUGGAAAGAAAAAGGUCAAUAAAAAGAAGUCAGCUACUGCGUUGAAAGAUACUACAAAUGGGCAAUCUCAAACGGUACUGAAAGACGGGCAACCAGCAACCAAAUCACUUAACAAGAAGAAGUCCAGGAAGCAAUUGAACCCUAAGAAAAAUGGCGCUGAACUCAAAGAGGAAACUCUGGCUGCUGAAGAAGCGGUAAUUACUCCAAAGAGUGUACGUAGAAAAAGGCAGAGUAAAAACACAGAUCAGUCACCUGCAACCAAUGACAUUUCUCCUACAAAGUCUAAUCGCAAAAAAUCUAUCAAAGGAACAAAACUGCUGCUGCCUCUGCCAGAACAGAUUGAAGGAGACCCAGUUACUUCAGAUGUCCAAAUCAAGACAGACAAUAAAUUGGGGACGUACAUUGAUGAUGGAAAACCAAUUACGACUCAGUCAGACCAAAAUGUUUUACUUGGCAAGAAUAAUGAGUUGAUUACUGUAGAAGAGUUGAAAAUGAAGAAAGUUAUAGACCAAGAAUACUCUAUUUACGAUUCAGAGUUGAAUUUGAGUAGAAACCAAAGAAAGCAGAAACUAAACGAACAACUCCAACAGGAACAUCAAUCAAAUUCCGAAUCUCUUUCACCUGAAAGUUCUCCAGAUACGCCUAUAAAGCAAACUGCUUUAGUUGACAGAUUGCCUUACUCAACUCCACGAAAACCCUCUCUCAAUGGUAUCACCAACACUCCGACAAGAGACAUAGUUAAUGGCACACUCAAUGGUUCCAAUAAUAGCUUCUCAAAUACUCCAGAAAAGAAUGAAAAUCCAUUUGCGAUCAAUUUAAGAUCCACCAAGAAGACAAUCUCCAAUGGGAAAUACUCUGAAAAUUUACCUGAGAUACGUCCUACUAAAAUUAUCAUUGGAUUGACCCACAAACAAAUUUUGAACCUUUCCCUUUCAGACGUCAAAAUUAAGGCGAUAACGUCAUCAACUUUGACUGUCAAAUUUGUUGCAAACAUCCUUAAGUUUACUUUGAAGCAUUCACACGAAAUAUUUGAAGAUGUAGAUAUCAGAUCAAAAUUCUUGAGGUUGUGUACCAAUGUUGCAUUAUAUGAAUCGAUUGGAUUCAAAAAGACUUGUAAAGAGUUCGAUGUGGAGGAAUAUUUUGGAAAGUAUUCCGAGAUCACUUUAGAGACUACUGGUACAAAGCUCACUCCGCCAGCUGAAAAUAUCCACCAAAAUCAGUUUGAUUACUCAGUAUUAUCUUUCAUUGGGCAUGUGUUGUUAUGGGCCUAUUCUUUACAGGUUAAAGGUGGAAUAAAUCCUACUCUUGCUGAGAAGUACCCUGACUUGGAACUUGAUCAAGACACAAUCAGAAAACAUUUAGGUGGGGAUCACUUAUGGGAUAGGUUGAGAAGAAGUGAUAGCACGGUUAACACAAAGAGAUGGAAGCAUAUUAAUAAGUUUAGAGAAUCGUUUGGAUUUUAUGAAGAUCAAUUCAUGUUAAUAUUGAGAUUCUUAAAUGUUGACGAUACGAUACCUUAA